CUGAACCUUUUGUUGGGACCGGCAAGACGGAUGAGUUCAACACCGAAAACAGACGUCCCUGCUGACCUCGAGGCUCAGGACUCGCAGGACAGCAAGGAGAGCAUCAAGAAGCUGGAGCAGGCCUCACCCAGGAAGAUCUCUCCAGCUGCCGACAGUUAUGAGGCAGAUCCCGAGGACGGACGUGAGGACGGCAGCACAGAGGAGCUGGUCAAGGCAAAGCCAUCGCCCUCACACCGGUUGCUGCGGCGGGUCUUCACCAUUAUCCUCAUAUGGGCUCUCAUUGCCUACUCUAUCGCUGUAAGCCAAGCCAGCUCAAGCAACAAUGCAGUGCACACACACCCAGCACAGCACGCCAUUGUGUGUUGGUGAUGGAUGGACUUCAGGCGUACGUCAUAUCAUGGCCAUCGCCGAAUGCGACGGCGCUGCUGGUGAUGGAGUGCGUGGCCAUGUUCAUCUUUUUGUGUUCGUACAUCGGCCGUCGGCACUCGAAGGAGAUCACGGCCUUCCUGUCGAGCACUGAGCAAUUCUUUUAUGACAUGGGGAGAAAGACUGCAUUCAAGGCAAGCUAGCUACUGCACUGGGCGGUGCAUGAGCGGCAUGGAGUUGGCGCUCUCUCUCUCUCUCUCUCUGUGUGUGUGUGUGUGUGUGUGUGCAGGUGAUAGUGAUUGUUGUUCUCGCUGCUGCCAUCUUGGCCAUCGUGCUUUAUGAAGUCUGGGGUAGGCUGGCAUUUGAUAAUCCGUCCGUCGAUCCAUGUGUGUGUUGAUGCUACAUCGUGUGUUUGCAGGUGAGUUCGAGCGACUGAUCUCUGCGUGUGGACUGGUCUUCUUCAUCGCCGCCGGAUAUCUGUUUAGCUGGAAAAGGAAACACGUCAACUGGUCAGCCAGCCCCCCAGCCAGACAGAUAGCUAUCUGUGACGCUGCUCCACGCCAAUCUCUCUCUUCUGUUGGCCCCCUGUGUGUGGUGGCUGCGUGUUGCGUGCAGGCGUCCGGUGGUGUGGGGGUUCCUGCUGCAGUUUGUGUUCGCCUAUAUCAUCCUGCAGACGGACUGGGGCCGAUCAGCGUUCACCUUCCUGGGCGAGCAGGUCACGGCCUUCCUCAACUACUCACAAGCGGGGGCUGAGUUCCUGUUUGGGUACCUGAGCAAGCCGCUGGAGAUCUCACCCGACCUCACCCUCUUCGCACCGUUCGCCUUCUUCGUGCUGCCGCUCAUCAUCUUUUUCUCGGCUGUGACGUUCAUUCUUUAUUAUCUGGGGGUGCUCCAGGCAGUUAUCGAAGUCAUCGCACGGGUGAGCGAGACGGAGGGAGGGACGGCAGCGCACAGGCCUUCGUGUGUGUCUAUUGUAUUGUCCUGUGUUGUGUUGUGUGCGAGCGGACUUAGGUCAUGGCGCUGACGAUGGGGACGUCUGCGAGUGAGUCGCUCAAUGCAGCUGGUAACAUAUUCAUCGGUCAGACUGAGGCACCGCUGCUCGUCCGGCCGUUCUUGAAGGACAUGACAAUGUCAGAACUCCACGCCGUCAUGGUGAGCUGAGCGGGGUGGGGGGGGGUCUGCCUGCCGACCGAAUGGUCGACAGAUAAAUAGAUGUGCAUUUAUUUGAUGCUUGGUUCCAUAAUUCAAGACUGGAGGAUUCAGCACGAUCGCGGGCAGUGUGUUGGGAGCCUACAUCUCCUUCGGCGUGCCGGCGGAACACCUCUUGGCUGCCUCCAUCAUGAGUGCCCCAGCAGCCCUCGCCCUCAGCAAGUUGAUCUACCCCGAGACAGAGGAGAGCAAGACCAAAAGCACGGCGGACAAGCCCAUCGAGGUGGCGCCCGACGAGGCCUCCAAUGUCAUAGAAGCUGCGACCAACGGAACGACAGUUGCCGUCACGCUCGUGGCCAACAUCGCCGCCAUGCUGAUCGCCUUCCUGGCUAUCCUGGCUGCACUGAACAAUUGGGUGGGGUUCUUUGGGAGGCUCGUGGGGUGGGAGGAGGCCUCCUUCGACCGGCUUGUUGGGUAUCUCAUGUACCCCGUGGCUUGCAUUAUGGUACCGUGGGGGCGUCCAGUCCAGCAACCACACACAGAGGCAGAGGAUAGGAUGCCUGUCGUGACACGUGUCGGCUGUGUGUUUGUGUGUUCAGGGGGUGCCCUUAGUCGAUUGCGAGAGAGUUGGGUAUUUGAUCGGCAUCAAGGUGUUCGCGAAUGAGUUCGUGGCCUACCUCAAACUCGCCGAGUUCAUUACUGCGGGCAACCUCACAAAGCGCGCUGAGGUCAUCGCCACGUACGCCCUCUGCGGCUUCAGCAACUUUGCAUCACUGGGCGUACAGGUACCUAGGAAGGCAGGCACAUAUGUGUGAGUGGAAUGCAUGAUUGUGUGGUGUCCAUUCGAUGCAGGUUGGCGGGCUGAGUCCGAUGGCGCCCAAUCGCAAGAAAGACCUCACGACACUGGUCAGUCAGUCGACAGGGAGAGGGUAUGGUGUGUAGUGGAUGGUUGGUCUGCGGCUGGUGUCAUGUCAUCCCGUGUGUAACUGUGACUCUGUGUGUGUGUGUGUGUGUGUGCAGGUGUUCAGUGCCAUGAUCGGUGGCAACAUGGCCUGCUUUAUGACUGCAUGCAUCGCCGGCUUCUUCUCAUGAUAAUGUUAAUAAUGCAUGGGCAUGGACGCACUUAACGCUCCCUCGUCGGUCUUUUUGCCUCUCUGGCUGUUCGUCCCUCUCUGUGGAAGAGUGUGUCUGUGUUGCCCUGUCUGUCCACCUGUUUGUCAGGUGCGCUUCUGUUUUUUUGCGGAAGCGAUCAGGGAGGGGUCAUGUUGUCAUUCACUAUAGCGGGGCAUGGAUUGUACGAGUGGUGUGGCACAUACAUCUUCCUGUCUCCCCCUCUCUGUAUCUGUCUCUGUCUCUGUAUGUCUUCGUGUGUGGUGAGCCUGAUUUGUGCAGAUGAGCCACUGUAGCGUUAUCUGUCUAUCUGCCUGUGUUGUCGACGAGCACGUGAUUGUCUGCUCCCUCCAUCAACUCGCUGUGGUGAAUGUGCGGCGGCAAGCCCGUCAGAGGGUCUGCCCGUCGACCGUUCGCCGCUGCUGUGGGUACGGAGGGACAGAGGCGGGCUCUAUCGAAUCGACAGCUCUGGAGGAAAGGCGAGGGCUUUGUCAUACAAGUAAAGUGUACGUGUAUACUGAGUGAGUGCCAGAGAAGAAAGAUGUCAGGGAGAUCGACGACAUAACGCUGGCUGCGUGACGUGACGCUUGCAGAGCUGCGCUCAUGUGAUGUGGUUGGUGUCUACAUGCGCGUGUCCACACACACAUGCGCAGAGACAUGAUUCCGUAUGUGUGUGUUGUGGAGAAGAGACACGCAGUUCGUUCAACAGGCAGAUCCGCGGCCAGUCCGGCAUUCAAUGUCAUUGCAUUGUAUGCAUGUCAGACAAACGAAAAAG